UUCCGAAUAUUUCAAUAUGACUAAUCAAGUAAAAAGGAUUACAAGACAUUAAUUAUGUUAAUCACCCAUAGUAUAAAAUUCUCCGACAUUAUUAAUUCCUAGUAUUAAUUAAUGAUUAAAACACAAACCUUGUAAUAAUAAUAGAGACGCGUUUAGAAAGAAGAAGAAGAAAACCUAACUCCGUUGUGUAGUUCCGAAGUCGUAACCUGCUCCAUUAUCUAUGGACAACACACCAAUCCUCUCUUCUCUCUCCUUUUAUAUAUGUCAUCCACUUCCGUACCUGUCGUCUCUAAUUAAUCGCAUUUAAUAAACGCGUCUCAAGUCCGACAUUGCGUCGGUGUUGUCACCAUAAUCUUCUUCUUGACUCUAUAUCGAAAAAAGCUUCCAACUUUAUCUCGUUAACCGAAACUCCGGCGACAAAGCUUCUACCUUUAUGUUCUAAAAUCGAAACUCCGGCGAUAAAGCUUCUAUUUUAAUUUGUAAAUUGAACUUCCGGCUGAAUUUUAACCGGAGUAUGUAGAUUCCGGCACACAGGUGUUUAUCUUUCUCUUACUGUAUUUGUCCGUUACUGUUACAUUUCUUUAUUGCGUUAAUCAAAAUUCCGGCGAUAAAGUUUGUACCUUUCGCCGGAGAAUGCAGAUUCCGGCAGACUGGUCUUUGUCUCUCUGUUUUUUUGCAGUCUUUGUCAGUUGAAACGCCGUCGUUUUUUGGUGAAAUUACUUUUACAGUUCUUUUAGCGAAAUGUUUGGUGAAGAAAGAAAGCAGAAGACUUUAAUUUUGCGAUCGCUUUCUCUUAUAACGUUUUCUGCGUUGUUUUUCGCCCAACUUGCCUUUUUUUCUCUCUCUGUUCUUAUGGUGUCGGUAACGCAGUUUCUGCGUUUGCGUUUGUAAACGUUACUGGAAGUUUAGUGUAUGUGUAUCUCUUUGUGAUUGAUACGAAGUUUGAUUAAUAAAUGCUUCUGAUUUGAUGAAUAUUUGGUUGCUCUUAAUUUUCAAGAUUCUUUCUUUAUUUCCCAAGAUUUUGUUUCCUUUCAAAGUCCAAGUAAAAUAUUCAGUAAGGUUUUCUUUUCUUAAAUCCGAAAUUUGAUUGAGAAAAAUCUCUUCUGAUUUUGUGAUGUUUCAGGCUUUGAAGAAAUGAAUAAGCAACGAAGAAGAAACGUUCAGGCUCAUGGAUGUUUGGCUCGGAUGGUGAAUCUGUUUGAUUUUGGAACUGUUGGUAAUGGAAAGAAACUGCUCACUGAGAAACCCCAUUUUGAUCAUGGGUCUAUCAAGGGGAAUCAAUUUGAUCAGAUAGAAGAUAAAGUUGAUGUGAGGAAUGGUGGAGUCAAUGGAACACCAAUGAAGAUGCUUUUAGAACAGGAAAUGUCGAAAGAAAUGGAAGUUAAGCUAAGUUCGACAAAUUUGGUUGCUAAGUUGAUGGGUCUUGAUUCGUUUCCUCAGACACAAUCUGCUCCUAGGAGUUAUAGUUCAAAGCCUCGUCUAAAGAGGUCGUUAAGUCACGGGGAAUAUAAAAAUGUCUAUGAGAUAUGGCAGAAAGAGGGGGAACUAAGUAGUAAUGGUGUGGAGGGAUUAAGCAAGAAGAAGAUGGACAUUGUCCGUGAAAAGUUCUUGGAAGCGAAGCGUUUGGUUACAGACGAUGAACUUCGACAUUCUAAGGAGUUUCAAGAAGCUAUGGAAGUUUUGAGUUCGAAUAAGGAGUUGUUCCUCGAGUUUUUGCAGGAGUCGAAUAACUUCUUCUCUCAUCAUCUCCACAGUUUCCAGUCCACAGAUCCACCAACCUCAGAGAAGUCUAAGCGGAUCACUAUUUUGAAGCCUUCAAAGACCGUUGCUGAUGAAAAGUUUGGAAAUGAACCAGCCAUUGAAUCUUCGAGAGACGGAAGUAAGAGUGGCAAGGGUCUUGAUUUUUUCAAAUGGCCGGUUGAAGAAGAAUAUCCGACAAAGCAAUCAACUCGAAUAGUUGUUCUGAAACCUAACGGUCAAGUCACAAAGGCUUCAUCAUGUCCAACCUCUCCAAGAGGUUUUGAGGGGAGAGAGUCAAGAGAUGUGGCUAGGAGAGUGAAGAGCCAGAUACUUAAGGAAGAAACUUUACAAUCUUCUGUCUUUUCCAACGGCUAUAUAUGCGAUGAUAGUUCUCUUAACGACUACGCAGAUUCUGAAAUCAUGUCACCGGUUUCUAGGCAUUCAUGGGAUUAUAUAAACAAGUAUGAUAGCCCUUUUUCUUCUUCGCCUUUUAGCAGAGCCUCGGGUUCUCCAGAGUCAUCAUCUGUCUGCAGAGAGGCCAAGAAACGGCUUUCUGAAAGAUGGGCAUUGAUGGCAGCAGCCAAUGAGAAUUUGCAGGAGGCCAAAGUUAUUGAAAAGAAAGGCUCUAAUAUUUCCUUAGGUGAUAUGCUUGCACUUCCAGAUUUAAGAGAAGAUCUUAUAACUGAAGAAGAAGAAACAAGCAAUGGUAAUGAACAGGAGGGUCCUAAAGUAUCUGCAUCUUGCUUUGAUGGUAAUUUCAGUAGAGAAGAAGGAAAGUUAAAGCCUCCUAAAGGCCUUACACGAUCAAAAUCUCUCCCUGAAUCAUCGACAAGUCUUGGUCACAAAUCCCUAGAUAGUUCCAACAAGAGUAAAUCAUCCAGAGUUCCAGAGGAGCUGACAAAGUCAAAGAGCUUGAAAUGGUCUCUGAAAGGUAAAGUCUCAAACUUUCUUUUCUCAAGGAGCAAGAAAGCCAGUAAGGAGAGAUCUUAUGAGGAAUCCCCUGAAAUCUUGGAUUCUCGGUGUAACAAUGAAUAUGAUGCAUCAGUGUCUGCCAGAAUCAUGACUUCUCGGGAGGGAGGCUUAUCAAUUACAAAGCCGACCAUUUUCGGAAACUCUAGCGAGUGGCGCGAUGAGCCUAGUCCCAUUUCAGUCCUGGAAACUUCUUUUGAUGAGGAGGAUGGAAUCUUUUUUAAUUCCUCUAUCUUGAAUAGAUCAUCAUCUUCUCUUGAACGGGAGAUGAAAUCCAACUUAUUAGGAAAAUCACCUCCCAUAGGGUCUAUUGGUCGGACCUUAUCAUUCGAUGACUCAACAGUAGCUCGGUGUUACUCAUCUAAACGCUCUACUACUUCCGCAAGAGACGAGGAAGAAGACUUGCGCCUCCUUAUCAACACACUCUUAUCAGCAGCUGAUCUCGAUGCAAUCUCGGACAAUCUUUUGUCUAAAUGGCAUUCCUCAGAGAGCCCACUAGACCCAUCUCUGAGAAACAGCUACGCAGACUCAACGGAACAGAAAAGACUCGGAUCAAACGUGAAGAAUCUAGUGUUUGACCUCGUCAACACGCUGCUCUUGGAGCUAACACCGAGCUAUCUUGGACCUCGUAGUAGUCCCAUGAUCCUCUCUGGUAAGCCAUUGGGGGUUUAUGUGAUAAACAGAAUGCAAGAGUGUUUAACGGGUAACGGAAGAGUGGAAGAUCGGUGGUGGGAUGAAGACGGAGACUUGAGCAGUUUGGCGGUGAAUAAAGUGGUGAGGAUUGAAGUAGCUGAGAUUGGUUCACAGGAGAGUUUGAGAUUGGAAAUGGAUUCCAUGGGAGAGGAAUUAGAAUUGAAGUUGCUGGAGGAGUUAGUGGAGGAGGCUUUGAUGGAUUUGUCAGAACAAUCCAAAUUAUUCAUUCCAAGUAUUUGUUAAUCAUAUGUAUAUUAUAUGGUUUUAUUGUGUGUAUAAUAUGAAUCUCGUUCUCUAUUUUGGUUUUCUUUUGGGGGUGACUGAUAGUGGAAAGUAGUGUUUCAUAUAGCCUCAAUGUUUAUAUACUAAUGUCUCAAGAAUCAAGAUUGUUCCAUACUUUGGGGUUAUAACUUAUAAAUAUGGAUUUUCCUCA